ACUCAUCUUAUGGUUGAUGUUCCGAGAAGCGAAAUGUCGAAUCCAGUUUGGAAAGGGAGGGAAAGAAAUAAAUGAAUAACAAUUGGAGUUUCUUAUGAAUUCCCUCCAAAAUAUUUAGUUACGCUUCGCUGUCUCUCUCCCUCCAAAAUCAAAAUCGAAAUCGAAAUCAGCAAAACCCUAAAAUAUAACCCUUAGAAUAGUGAGGUGCGCGCAGAGCAAUAAUAGGGCAUGACAUGAUGACAAGCCACGAAGAGGAUCUGGAUCUCCUCCUUUCCCUUGACGAGAGAGUUGCUGAAACCCCUCCAUCUUCUCCCACAAUCUCAGACGAUGAUGAUGAUGAACUUGAACUUCCCAACCAAAGGGAAAGGGAUAAACCCGACAUGUCCGUUUUCAAAAGCGCCCUUCAGGAUUGCCUUCCUUACGAUCCCCCCAAACCAACUAACAAACCCGUUAUUAAUGUUGAUUCCCACCUUGAAAAGUUUUCGGGCCUUCGAAUAAGGAACCAAUUGUUAACUCCUGCCGAGCUUAAGGAACAUUUUUCAGACAUUCGUUUUGUUCGGCUGUCGGUUAUCAAGAAUUCAUUAGUUGGGGAUACUGUUUCUGGAAGUUGGGCCACUGUUGGAGUAUUGACCGAGAAGGGGACUCAGAAGACAAGUUCAACAGGGAAGAGCUAUUGUAUAUGGAAAAUUGGCUGUUUAGAUGAAACUACUGUUUCUCUUUUCUUGUUUGGAGAUGCUUAUCAGAUGAACAUGCAAGAGCAGGCUGGAACCGUCUUUGCACUCUUUAAUUCUACCGUCCGCAAGGAUAAUGCGGGUAAUGGUUUUUCUUUGAGUAUAUACUCCACCAGACAAAUUAUGAAGAUGGGCACCUCUGUUGAUUAUGGAGUUUGCAAAGGGAAACGAACAGAUGGGAUGGCUUGUACCCUAGUCAUAAAUAAACGUCAUGGCACAUAUUGUAAAUAUCAUAAAUCAAAAGCAUCAGAGAAGUAUUCCUCAAUGCGAACUGAACUCAAGGGAGGAAACUUAAGAACAGCGUUUAGGCCUAUGGGUUACCUCAAAUCAGAAGGAAUUUACUUAGUUGACCCUCUUGCUGACAAAACAAACUUGAAGAAGUCUCAGCCUGUGAAAUUAUUGUCCGUGGAUGGUAUCAGAAAGGCAUUGAGCAAUGCAGGAAAAGUAACAACAGCUUCUCAUUCGCAAGGGAUUAGGUUUCUUUCUGAGGUUGCAGCCAAGUCGGAUCCAAAAAUGAAGAAUAAAGGAUCAAAAUUUCCAAAUGUUCAAAACAAAUGGACAGAGAAGAGGAAAUCAUCUUUUCCGAAUGUGGGAUCCUCUCCAGUCAUAGGAAACCGACAGUCGGGUGAAAAGAGAAUAAAACCAGACGGGCAGGUUUUGGCUGAUAAAACCCUAAAGAGAAUAGAAAAGAUGAUUGAAAUUGAUCUUGUUAGUUCGGAUGAAGACUUCUGAACUCUGCGUUGCUACAUGGAUGGAUUAAGUGGUUAUUACGUUUUCCUAUUUUUGUGAAGUCAUUAUUUUUUUUAAAAUAAUUUGUACGGAAGAAAAAAUUGGCCCGCUUUGGAUAUACCUUUGGAUUCAUCCCUGAUUAUGAGAACUCUAGAAGGAAGACCAAAAACUUUCUUAUAAGAAUAAGAUUAUAUUAGGCUUUACCUUGA